AUGAAGCCCUCCCUCCCCCUCUGGCAUCCUGCCCGUGCGGGCGUCAGCGCUUUCGGUGCUUCAUCCUUUGUGCAGGGUCCUGUGCGCGCUGCUGCCCUCGUAUGCGUACGGGACGCGGAGCGAAAGCGAAUCAAGAAGAAAUUCAUGCGCGGAUGGCGUUCCUCUGUCAACAAGUUAAUGGCCGAUUUGAUUCCCGAAUUGUACAAUGAUUUUUCCGCUCCGCCGGAGACACCACCGGACGAGACAUUUGCCUGGUGGGUGGACCAAGUGGAGGCGCGCAGAACGGCGGUGGAUCCCCGCACGCUGUCGGACCCGUCGACCGGGUGGGACCAGCGGAAGCGGCGGACGGGUCUGGUUGCCAUCAAGGUGGGCAUGACGUCCGAGUACAGCGAGUACAUGGAGUGGCUGCCCCUCACCGUCCUCCAGGUGGUCGACUGCCAGGUGGUGCAGGUGAAGAAGGAGCGGCACAACGAGUACGAGGAGGAGAAGGUGGGCCUGCAGGUGGGCGCUGUCGACGGCAAGUGGAGGCGGCUGGCCAAGGCCCAGCGCGGCCACUUCUUCCACGCGGGCGUCAACCCCAAGAAGGUCCUCAUGGAGUUCAAGAUCUCCCCCGACGCCGUCGUACCCGUCGGAACGGAGCUGCGGGCGGAGCACUUUGUGCCCGGGCAGCUUCUCGACCUCACCGGCAAGACGAAGGGCAAGGGGUUCCAGGGUGUGAUGAAGCGGUGGGGCUUCUCGGGUGGUCCGGCCUCCCACGGUAACUCGGCCUCCCACAGAGAGCCCGGCUCCACCGGCCAGCACUCCAUUCCGAGCAAGGUGUGGAAGGGCAAGAAGAUGCCCGGUCGGAUGGGCAACAAGUACCGCACCACCAAGAACCUCCUCUUGUGGAAGAUCGACACCAAGAACAACCUCCUCUACGUCAAGGGACCCGUGCCCGGCGCACCCGGCUCCUACAUCAGGGUGCGGGAUGCCAAGAACAAGCUCCACUCCCUGGUCCCUCCCUACCCGACGUACAUGCGCCAGCCGGAGGAGGUGCUGCCGGAAGUGAUCACCGCCAACUCGCCGGAGCCCAUGUGGUACAAGAAGAUGAUGGCCCGCCAGGCGGCCUUUGCCGAAGAUCUCAGCAAGAACACCGACGACAACCAAACGGCCGUCCAGGUGGUCCUCGCCCACAAGGAGGCGUUCCCGUCGUACGACAAGUGGAAGAAGGGCCUGCUGCCGCCCGGCCCCAACCCCUCCAAGCACCACUCGUGCCUCUCGGUGGGCGAGCCGAUGGAGUUCCCGUGGCUGGCCGACACGAUCGCCGACUACGAGGACCCCUCCACCGCCGAGGAGGACCAGCUCCAGAUCCACUACGCCGAAUCCUAA